CUCGUCCCACCCCGGGGUGUUUUGGGGGUCCCACCGAGGGGUUUUUGGGGGUCCCAUCGGGCGAGGUCUGACCGUGCCCCGCGUUUUGGGACGGUCCCUGCCGCGGCGCCUGGGAGAGGUGCGGAGCCUGUGCCUCGGUUUCCCCACCUGUGGGAAUAAAUACCUGCCCGUCAAGCCCUCGCAAUUGCUGCCGAGUUAAUCACCAUAUUAAAAACGACAGUGAUAUGGCUUUUUCAGGGGGGAGGAACCAUUUUCACCAGCGGCCACACCCCGUGGCCCAUUUCUCCGAUGGUGGGGGAAGAUUCGAGCGCUGCCGCGUGUCCCCGAGCCCCCCAAACCAGAGCGCAGCUCCUGUCACCCUUCCAAGGCCUCUCAGCAGCGGGAUGGGCGUUCCCUGGGUGCCGGGGUGGGCGUUGGCUCUGGGGAGAGCCUGGGGGCACCCAGGGGUGCCGCACCCACGGGGAGGGCAGGGCGUUUCCCCCCGCGCCCCCUCCCCAGCGCCCGCCGCCCGCGGCCGGUGAUUCACCGCCAGUUUCCUUUUAAGGCCGCGCUCGGCGGGGAGGAAGCAGAGGAGGAGGAGGAGGAGGAGGACACUCCUUGGACCUGGCUGGCUCCUCCUGCUCUCGCUCGAGGCUCCGACGCCCAGCCAAAAGCGAAUCCCGGCGGCAGCGCUCGGCAGAGGCUCCGAAGGCUCCCGGCCCCGCUGCUCGCCCAAGCGUCCGCCCCGCGCCCGCGUCCCAGCCAUGGCAAGAAACCACCAAGUGCAGAAGGCCAAGCUGGCCGAGCAGGCUGAGCGCUACGAGGACAUGGCAGACUUCAUGAAGGCGGUGGUGGAGCACGGGGACGAGCUCUCCAACGAGGAGCGCAACCUCCUCUCGGUCGCCUACAAGAACGUGGUGGGCUGCCAGCGCUCGGCCUGGAGGGUCAUCUCCAGCAUCGAGCACAAAACCGAAGAGGGCGACGACAAAGCUCAGGUGGUGAACGAGUACCGGGAGAAGGUGGAGCAGGAGCUGAACGCCGUCUGCAACAACGUCCUGGGCUUGCUGGACAAGUAUCUCAUCAAGAAGGACAGCGAUACCGAGAGCAAGGUCUUCUACCUGAAGAUGAAGGGUGACUACUUCCGAUACCUGGCCGAGGUGGCCAGCGGGGACGACCGGCUGUCGACAAUAGAGAAGGCCCAGGAGGCCUACCAAGAGGCCAUGGACAUCAGCAAAAAGGAGAUGCAGCCCACGAACCCCAUCCGCCUGGGGCUGGCCCUCAACUUCUCGGUGUUCCACUACGAGAUCGCCAACGCCCCCGAGCAGGCCAUCUCCCUGGCCAAGACCACCUUCGACGAGGCCAUGGGCGACCUGCACACGCUCAGCGAAGACUCCUACAAGGACAGCACCCUCAUCAUGCAGCUGCUCAGGGACAACCUCACGCUAUGGACAGCCGAGUGCGCCGGAGAAGACGGCGGCGAGGCUGGCGAAGAGCCCAAGAACUGAACGUCCCCUGCCGAGCCGGGGACCGGCCCCCACCUGCCCCUGCUCCAGACCCUGCGGCAUCUCUUCAUGGUUUUUUUUGUUUUGUUUUGUUUUGUUUCGUUUGGGUUUUUUUUUUUUUAUUAUUGGUUUUGUGGGGGAGGAGUCUCAGCUCCCCCCAGCCUGGAUACCGGGAAUUGGGGUGGUUUUGGCAGGGCCCUUCCCUCCUUCUGCCCCAUCCACUGCUCUGGGGAGGGGGAAAAGAGGGAGAGGGGGUGUUUCUGUCCUGGAGAGCUGCCAGACCCCAACUAUUUAACAUUUUUUUGUGGGGGGUGUCCAGUCUGGCUUGUGCCAGCUCCAAACCCCCUGUCCCUGUCCCUGGCGGGGACUGGAGCAGCCACAGGAGAAGGUGAGGGGGGGUCCGGGCAGCCCCCCCGUUCCGGGAGGGGGUCGCGUGUUGCCAAAGCCUCUGAGCGUCUCCAAUAAACCUUCUCCUGCA